UUGCUCCCAUCCAUCACAGCUAGCUAGCAUACAGACGAAUAAUCUCUUCUUCACCUCACUAACACCAGCUAGCAACUCUUUCUCUCCUGCAAUAAUGGCCGCUCGCUCCUCCUCCUCCCAGCCGCAGCUGGUCGCGGCGGCGGCGGUCCUGGCAGCGGCGCUGCUGCUGCUGGCGGCGGGGGCCGGGACGGCGUCGGCGGCGGUGAGCUGCGGCGAGGUGACGUCGUCGGUGGCGCCGUGCCUCGGGUACGCGAUGGGCAGCGCGGCGUCGCCCUCCGCGGCGUGCUGCAGCGGGGUGCGCUCGCUCAACAGCCGCGCGUCGUCGACGGCGGACCGGCAGGCCACCUGCAACUGCCUCAAGAGCAUGACGGGCCGGCUCGGCGGCGGCGUCAGCAUGGCCAACGCCGCCAACAUCCCCUCCAAGUGCGGCGUCUCCGUCGGCGUGCCCAUCAGCCCCACCGUCGACUGCACCAAGAUCAACUGAUCGAUGGAACCAUAGUGGAGGUAGCUCGCUCGUUGGAUGGCAGCGUACGUGGCCAUCAGCAGCAUGCAGUCGUCGUCGUAGCAGAGAUGUCCUAGCUACGUGUGUGUCAUGCAUCAGACUGGCACAUAAUAAAGAAGUAGAUCAUGCACCCACCCCACUAGUGAUCACUUCGUCUAGUGUCCCUCCCGUCGUCGUCGUCGUGUACCUCGUACGUGACAUGCCGUAGCACGUACUACGCUAGCAGAGCAGCACCUCAAUGUCCUUGGGCUUGCUUUGCUGGCUCUCUGUUUUCGUCUCUCGUGUUGCUUUUAAUCUGGUACAGGUUUCUAAAUUAUAAUAAUGAAUAGUUUUUUGUCC